UCUUGAGCGCGGGGGGCCGGGGCAGGCGCCGCGCGGUGUUUGGCCAGGGCGGGGCGAGGAGGGCCUGGGCGAGCCUCGGGCCGGGGCCAGCUCUGGUUCCGGGCACCGCAGCUCUCCUGCAAAUGUCAAGUGGUCGCUGAGGUCGCCCCGGCUGUGUUUUCCCGGGCGGCCCCUCCUGCCCUGCCCCAGGCCGCGCCGCGGCCGCUCGGGGAACGCGCCCGCGAUGCUGCAGCGCCCGGAGCGGAAGUCCUGCAAAGUGGUGGCGGUCCCCUUCUGAUGGAAGAAUGGUUGUGCUCAGGCAGUUUGGGCUGCUUCUCUGGAAGAAUUAUAUCCUGCAGAAACGGCAGAUUUUGGUAACAGUCAUCGAAAUCUGCCUGCCGCUGCUGUUCGCUGCCAUCCUGAUUGCACUUCGUCACCGGGUGCAUUCGAUCAGCCACCCCAAUGCCACUAUCUAUCCCACCCAGUCGGUGGAUGACCUGCCAGCGUUCUUCUAUCACCGACAUCCGAGCAACCCUUGGGAGCUGGCGUACGUCCCCUCGAACAGCAGUGCUGUGAAGAGCAUUGCUGAGGCAGUAGAGAAAGCUUUACCGAUCAGCAUUAAAGCUCAAGGCUUCUCCUCAGAGAGGGAAUUUGAGGAAUAUGUGAAGUUGGACAACCGCUCGGGCAAUGUGCUGGCUGCCGUUGUGUUCAAACACUGCUUCAAUCAGAGCAAGGCCCCGUUGCCCCUCCAGGUUGAUUAUGCGCUGCGCUUCAAGUACAGCCCGAGGAAUGCCCCCCGCAGCGAGCAGACGGGCUUGAACCCCAACCUUGACCGUGACUGGCACACCAGCUACCUCUUCCCUCUUUUCCAGUUGCCUGGCCCCAGGGAGGCCAAGUUUGCAGAUGGUGGCACACCAGGUUAUAUCCGGGAAGGCUUCCUGGCAGUGCAGCAUGCUGUGGAUAGAGCCAUCAUGCAAUAUCACACUAACGCCACCAAUGCCGGCCUGCUGGAGAACAUCACAGUGGUGGUACAGCGCUUCCCCUACCCAUCGUACGUCAAUGACCUCUUCCUUCUUGCCAUCCAGAACCAGCUGCCCCUGCUGCUCAUGCUCAGCUUCACCUACACCUCACUCAACAUCGUCCGUGCUGUUGUGCAUGAGAAGGAGAAGAAGCUGAAGGAGUACAUGCACAUGAUGGGCCUCAGCAACUGGCUGCACUGGAGUGCCUGGUUCCUCAUGUUCUUCCUCUUCCUCCUGGUGUCCGUCUUUUUUGUCACAGUACUCUUCUGUGUGAAGGUGAGCGAGCAGGGAGCAGUGCUUACCAACAGCGACCCCACUCUGGUGUUCACCUUCCUCGCCAUAUUCUCCAUCUCCUCUAUCUCCUUCAACUUCAUGGUGAGCACCUUCUUCUCUAGAGCAAACGUUGCAGCUGCUGCUGGUGGUUUCCUGUACUUUUUCUCCUACAUCCCUUACUUUUUCAUCUCACCCCGCUAUGACCUGAUGUCCCACAACCAGAAGCUGUCAUCCUGCCUCAUCUCCAAUGUGGCCAUGGCGAUGGGGGCACAGCUCAUUGGCAUGUUCGAAGGAAAAGGGACUGGCAUUCAGUGGAGGGACCUCAUGAAGCCAGUCAGCGUGGACGACAACUUUACCUUAGCACAAGUGCUGGGGAUGCUGCUUCUGGACUCAGCUGUCUAUGGCUUGGUGGCCUGGUAUGUGGAGGCUGUCUUUCCAGGGGAGUACGGUGUGCCGCAGCCUUGGUACUUCCUCUUUACGCCCUCGUACUGGUGUGGGCACCCUAGGACUAUCGUGGGAAAAGAGAAGGAGGAAGAGGAGGACCCUGAGAAGGCCCUGAAGAGCCAGUACAUUGAGGAAGAGCCUGCCGACCUCGUGUCAGGAAUCAAAAUAAAGCACCUUUCUAAGGUCUUCAAAGUGGGAAACAAGAUGAAAGAGGCAGUCAAGGACUUAACAGUGAACAUGUACGAAGGACAGAUCACUGUCCUGUUGGGACACAACGGUGCUGGGAAGACCACUACUCUGUCUAUGCUCACAGGUCUAUACUCUCCAACAAGUGGGCAAGCGUACAUCAAUGGCUACGAGAUCUCACAGGACAUGGUUUUGAUCCGACGGAGCCUGGGCUUGUGUCCCCAACACGAUGUGCUCUUCGACAACAUGACGGUGGAAGAGCACCUCUACUUCUACUCGGGGCUGAAAGGCUACCCACCUUCCAAGUGCCCUGAGGAGAUCAGCCACAUACUGAGGAUCCUGAACCUGGAGGACAAACGCCACUGUCUGACAAAGGCGCUCUCUGGCGGCAUGAAGCGCAAGCUCUCUAUCGGCAUUGCCCUCAUUGGGGACUCCAAGGUUGUGAUGCUGGAUGAGCCAACAUCGGGGAUGGACCCAGCCUCCCGCAGGGCCACAUGGGACCUCCUCCAGCAGCAGAGGAGCAACCGUACCAUCCUGCUGACCACCCACUUCAUGGAUGAGGCUGACCUGCUGGGGGACCGCAUAGCUAUCAUGGCCAAGGGCGAGCUGCAGUGCUGUGGCUCCUCUCUCUUCCUCAAGCGUAAAUAUGGGGCAGGAUAUCACAUGGUGAUGGUGAAAGAGCCGUAUUGUAGCCUGGGGGAGAUCUCCCGCCUCAUCUGUCAGUAUGUGCCCAACGCCACCAUGGAGAGCAAUGCCGGGGCAGAACUGUCCUUCAUCCUGCCCAAAGAGAGCACACACAGGUUUGAGGCGCUCUUCACUGAGCUGGAGCAGAAGCAGGAGGAGCUAGGCAUUGCCAGCUAUGGUGCCUCCGUCACCACCAUGGAGGAAGUCUUUCUGAGGGUUGGGAAGCUGGUGGAUUCCAGCAUGGAUAUCCAGGCUAUCCAGCUCCCUGCUCUCCAGUACCAGCAUGAGAGACGCUCCAAUGACUGGGCCAUGGAUGACUCCAGCAGCCUGAGUGGAAUGACAGAUAUGACGGAUGACAGCGGGGCACUCAUUACAGAGGACUGCUCCAGCAUCAAACUCAACACAGGGUUCUACCUCUGCUGCCAGCAGUUCUACGCCAUGUUCAUGAAGCGAGCCAUGUACAGCUGGCGCAACUGGAAGAUGGUGGCAGCACAGUUCCUUGUGCCUCUGAUUUUCACUGCCUUUGCCCUCAUCGUUGCCAAGACCUUCCCAGGACCCAGGGACUCCUCCCUGCUGAGGCUGAUGCUGGAGCCCUACGGCCAGACUAUUGUGCCUUUCUCUGUCUCAGCUACCUCAGGUCUGUCGCAGAGGUUAGCGGAGCAGUACGUGGAGCUGCUGGAUGCCCAGCACCAGUCGCCGCUGGAGGUGCUAGGUGGCCUGGAGGAGUACCUCAUCUCAAGAGCGUCUGAGGAGGGGGGAGCCUUCAAUGAACACUACAUCGCAGCUGCCUCUUUCGAGGGAGCCGGAAACCACACCGUGGUCACCGCGCUGUUCAACAACCAGGCAUACCACUCCCCUGCCACUGCCCUCAUGCUGGCUGACAACGCUGUCUUCAGGGUACUGGCAGGCCCCAACGCAUCCAUCACAGUCACCAACUACCCUCAGCCCCGCAACAUCACCGAGAAGGCCAAGGACCAGCUCAUGGAAGGCCAGACUGGGUUCGCCAUUGCCAUCAACUUGCUCUAUGGCAUGGCUUCGCUCGCCAGCACCUUCGCACUCCUACUGGUCAGUGAGCGGGCCAUCAAAGCUAAGCAUGUCCAGUUCGUCAGCGGAGUCUAUGUGGUCAACUUCUGGCUUUCUGCCCUGCUCUGGGACAUCAUCAACUUCCUCAUUCCUUGUGCUCUGAUGCUGGUGAUAUUCCAGGCCUUUGAUGUGCAAGCCUUCACUCAAGACAGCCACCUGGUUGAUGUGAUGCUGAUCUUCCUCCUUUAUGGCUGGGCCAUUAUCCCCCUCAUGUACCUCCUCAGCUUCUUCUUCUCAGUAGCAGCCACAGCCUACACACGUCUCACCAUCUUCAACAUCCUCUCAGGCACGGCCACUUUCCUUGCAGUCACCAUCAUGAGCAUUCCAGAACUGGGCUUGGUGGACCUCUCCAGAACCCUGGAUAAAGUCUUUCUCAUCUUACCAAAUUAUUGCUUGGGCCAAUGCAUCAGUGACUUCUACCAGAACUAUGAGUUCAUUCAGUUUUGCACCUCCUCUGUUGAAGCCAUCUUCAUCUGCAAGGCAUUCAAUAUCAGUUAUCAGAUGAACUACUUUUCCUGGGAGAUGCCUGGAAUUGGACGAUACCUGACAUCCUUGACUAUCCAGGGCUUCUCCUUCCUCUUCCUCCUUUUCCUCAUUGAGACAAACCUUCUCUGGAGAUUAAGAACUUUGGUCUGUGGCAUCUGCAGGCGGCGAAAAUGGGUUGCACUCUUGAACAGGGUGCCUGUGCUGCCAGAAGACCGGGAUGUAGCAGAUGAGAGGAAAAAGGUUUUGGAGUCACCACCAGAGCUGCUGUCAUCACUGAGCAGCCCCCUGGUCAUCAAAGAGCUCACUAAGGUCUAUGACAGCCGGGAGUCCCUGCUGGCAGUGGACAGGAUCUCCUUGGCAGUCAGCAAGGGUGAAUGCUUUGGCCUUCUUGGCUUCAAUGGAGCAGGCAAAACCACCACCUUCAAGAUGCUGACUGGUGAUGAGAGCAUCACAUCAGGCGAUGCUUAUGUGGAUGGCCACAGCAUUCUGGCCAACAUCAAAAAGGUCCAGCAGCGGAUUGGCUACUGCCCACAGUUUGACGCCCUCCUGGACCACAUGACAGGCCGCGAGACUCUGAGCAUGUACGCCCGGCUGCGGGGCAUCCCUGAGCGUUAUAUUGGCAGCUGUGUGGAGAACAUGUUGAGAGGGCUGCUGUUGGAGCCCCAUGCAGACAAGCUAGUGAGGACCUACAGUGGUGGUAACAAGCGGAAGUUGAGUGCUGGCAUUGCUCUCAUUGGUGGCCCCCCUGUGAUUUUCCUGGAUGAGCCCUCUACUGGCAUGGACCCUGUGGCCCGCCGUUUGCUCUGGGAUGCAGUGACAAGGACGCGGGAGUGUGGCAAAUCCAUCAUCUUCACCUCCCACAGCAUGGAAGAAUGCGAGGCCUUGUGCACCCGACUGGCCAUCAUGGUGAAUGGGCAGUUCAAAUGCCUGGGCAGCCCCCAGCACCUGAAGAGCAAGUUUGGCAGUGGCUACACCCUCUUGGCCAAAACGCGGAGUGACGAGGAAGGCGAGCUGCUGGCCUUCAAGGCCUUCGUGGACAAGACUUUCCCAGGCAGUGUCUUGAAACAUGAACACCAGGGCAUGGUACAUUACCACUUGACCAACAAGAACCUCAGCUGGGCACAGGUCUUUGGGGCCUUGGAGAAAGCCAAAGAGAAGUAUCACUUAGAAGACUAUUCGGUUAGCCAGAUAUCCCUGGAGCAAGUCUUCAUGAGUUUCACUCGCUUCCAGCACUACACAGAGGACCGAGGGAAAUGAACCCACUGGUGCCCUUCUUCAUGGACUGGCCCUGCUGCCUAUACAUAGUAUAUAUAGAGACAGUAAUUUAUAUAUCAGCGUGUGUCUUAAAUAAUGUAUAAAUGUAAGAAAAUUUUCACUAGGGGGAGGGAGAGUAUGGAAUCAUACCUUCUGCUGUUGGGCUGUGGGAAUCACAAGUAGUGUGUGUGUUGCGUGCCUGCUGCAGCGCACGUGUGAGUAUGUAUAUGUGUGUGUGUGUGCGCCUGUGUGUGCAUGUGACACUUUCACUCUUCAGCAUUCAUUCCCAUCUACAGCGAAAAAUGUCUAAAAAGCAACGAGAAAGAAUAGAUGGAUGGAGAAGGGCAUUGUGGAUUGUGCUCCAUCCUGAAAUCUUGGUGUGCCUCUCAGCAGAGUAGGACUGGGGGUACUGUCAGGUUCCUCUUGCUGGUGCGGAUGGUUGGAAGGCAGGCUGCUGCCCUGACGCCGCACAUGUUUCCCACACACCCAUUGUCCCACCCUGCGAAAAAACUCAUGUGCAUCAGGAUGCUGCUUUAUGGUCUUCACACGCAUGUCAAAUUAUAUUCUGUUAGGUGGUUUGCUUGUGAUUUAACAGGAUGCUGUUAAAUAGCUUAGAUCUAAAAUGUUCACUGGGUUAAGUAGGAUGCAUUGAGGUUGCCCUCUUAGAAGCACUUUCAGUCUCGAUGGAGGGGACACAAAGAAACAGCCAUGGUUUUCCCCCUACAGCGAAUCUUCCGUCCAUUCCUUUAGCAGCAGAAGGUGGGAGAAGGCUCUGUCUCCCUCUAACCUCAUAGAAAAGAUGUGCCCUCCUGCCUACUUGGCUCUCACUCAACUCUGCUGAGACUUGCUCCAGGCCUGCAGCUGUCAGCCGUCACGUGGGGAGAGGACAAGACAGGCUGUUCUGCACAGAGCCUGUUAGUCACUGCUGCCUGGGGAACGUCUUUGGGAUGCAUGUGCUCUUCCUGUGAUAGCCUGCAAGCAAGGGAUGACUUCGCCCCAGCGAGGGCCAGAAGGUACUCUAUAAACCUGGUAGUCAUCAGGGCGUUCAUCUUUUGCUGGCUGUCUGAUCCAAAGGUCAGGUGUGUGCUUCAGGGGUGGCACCAGGCUUUCUCCUCCCAUUUCCCCCUGGGAUGUACUCAGCACCCCAUGGCCUGCGUGUGCAGGGCGCUGGCUGGGGAAGGUUGGCUUUGCUCUGCUGGGGAAAGCUGUUCCCUUCCCCUCUGGCGUGAUACAAACUCUGCUGUCCAGGAGAAGAGAUGUGCCCCAUUUCCCCGCCCCCCCCCCCCCCCGCCACGCUUUCAUUUUCCCUGCCUGUGCCGUGGGUGCCCUGCAGUGUCGGCAGGGAGGGGGAGACCAGGCUCCCUGGGCGCGUUGCGUAAAGGCAUCUACAAGGCACAGUUCAGAAUGAGCAGCCUGUGCUGAGUUGUCUCCAUCAGCAGUGCUGAACCCGAUGUGUGCUGCCAACCCAGACACCUGAUGCCAUGGCGAAAGGGAAAUCUAAGACCUCCUUUUCCUCCUGCUGGCAGGGGCCCAGCCGAGGGAGUUAAAACGUGCCCACGGAUGGAGGCAUACUUGUCUGCAGAGGCUGGCAGCAGCCCAUGCCGUCUGAGGGAAGGCAUGUUGUGCAGUGCCAGUCGCUGGCACUGGGUUUGCAGGGAGGAUGUUUGAUGGAUAAAUGCCCAGAGUUUGGCCCUUUGAUAGAGCAUGGGAGGAAUAAGACCGCAGCCGUAGAGCUCAGUCUGAAGGCAGGGAUAGUUUGGAGGUUUAGCAGGGUGUCUGACGACUGUUCGGCUUGAUGUUACAUCCAUUAAAAGGUUUAGACAACUGCACGGCCCUGGAUUGUGUUACACAGCUGUUCCAGUUGCAGGACUCCAAACCUGCAUGAAGGGUUUGAAGGACCAGUGAUGCUCUGACUGCUCUCUUCCCUUAUGCCCAAGAGAGCUCCAAGCAGAGUAUGUCCGUCUUCCCCAUGUCCCUCUCCUCAUCCCCAUGUCUGUUUGCUCCCACAACAGGGAACAACUGAAUUUGCUGCCAUGGCUUUGCCCUGCUGUCAAGGAGUCUUACACCUGAAUGCAGCGCCGAGGAUAUUAGGCAGUCGGUCUGCCCAGGCCUUGUCCGUGCAGAGACAGAGGCAGCAGGAGCAGUUGGGAUUUAUUUUUGGCAUUACUCAGUGGUUGGGUUGCUUUUUAUUUGUUUGUUUUAUAUAAGUGUUGAUUCUUGUCUGUCUCUAACUAGUCCCUGUUUCACUUGUGGGCAGUCCCCUUCUGGCCGACUGCUCUGUGAUCAAUGCAGAGCUAUUUGCACUAUAGUAAUACACACAAUUGCACAUACUAAAUCAAUUAAUAUUAUGGGGAGGGGUGCUGAUUCCCUUCUAGUGAUUGCAUUGUCAGGGGUCGGGUUAUAUUUUGGGUUGGGCUUUUUGUUUUGUUCCUGUAACUGAUUCAUUCUUUCCUGUUCUGUUUUUCCUUUCCCCUAAUGCUGAUGUUUAAAAUGGUCGUGCAUCAUGUUACUAAGAAUUUCCCUGGAUCUUAACUGAGCGUGUUUUUAUUAGUAAGCAGCCAGCUGGUGAGUCGAAUCUCUGGAACACCUCUGGUCCUCUCGUAUGGGCUGAUACCGAGGAUGUUCUGACUGGGAUCAUCUCUGCGCAAAGCAGAACCAGCUCCCCUUUGCACGACGCAGAACUGCGGAUGGGAGCGGGGGUCCUCAGCAAUUGCCGAGGGGCUUCCUGAGCUGCAAGACUUCCUUCCAGUGACCCCAUGCUCUGUUGCAGCCAGAUAGGGAUGGCAGUUUAGGCAGGGGGGCGUCAGGAAGGAGUGACCAACAUACUCUAAUGCCACCUUGCCUGUGUGCCAGGAGUGAGCCCCCUUCGCCUCUCACCUUCGCAGGCUCCCCUGGCCGUGUGACGGCAGUUGGUUCCCCUCCCCAGGCAGGGUGCAGGGCCCCAGGUGCUUGUGCUUCGCAGGGUGUGUGGCACCUACCCGCUGGAGCUGGUUCUGGGGAAGAUGGAGCUCAAAGCAGUUCAUCUGCAAGUAAAGUUUGUGUUUUCUGUUCGAUGGGUGCCUGGAUCCACCAAGAGCUCCAGGACUUCCAGUAACGUUGAUUUGCACAGAGGAAUAAGGCAACACUUGGCAGAGCCUUCUGGUGCCUUGCCUCAGAUGGGGGCAAUGGCAUGAAAGCAGUAGCAUGUGUAGGGAGAAGAAUAAUGUGGAGUGGGGAGGAAAGGGUGUGGUAGGGGUUAGAAAAGAGAUCAUAAAAUGCAGAAUUGCAAAGUAGACUUACUAGAAGUAGGCUCUGUCACCUGAUGGUGCCACAGGUUAGCAUUGCACUGAGCACAGUAGCAGCAGAAAGUACAGCAGGGCCUGAAGGAAAAGCAUCGUGCCCUCAGGCACAGGCCCUAUUGGGGUACUGGUGAUCCCCAGCUAAGAGGCCAGCUCUGGCCACAAACUUGGGUCCUCUGGCUGAUUGUAUUUAGAGAGUGUAAUCUCUGCAGUUGAAGUGGAAGCUGAAGCAGAAAGGAUCUUAGAGGAGUAACAACAAGGAUGAAAUCUGUAUUCAGGCGCUCACUGACUGCUGGACUGGGAUCCUGCUCUGGAGAGCAGCACCACCACUACGAGCUCUAGGGCCUGGGUCUGCACCUGCAGCUCUUCAGGUUGUCUGCUCGUAACUCACCCUUGGUAGCACUGCUGAAGCCAUGACUCUGGGGCAAGGUUUCAGUUGUUCUGCCUUAAAUGAACUGUAGAAGCAGCUUUUCUCUUUGGACCUUGUUUACACAGAGCUGUAAUAACCCUGUCCUCUUGCAGAGGAAGCAGCCACAGGCUGUGCAUGGUGCUACUCACUUGUAUUUUCUGUUACAGCAACAUUUCCAAGUUGUACCAGGCCCAGGGAAAGUUUGAGGCAAGUUAAGACCAGGUUUUAGAAGAGGCAAGAGAGCUCACAUGCUGUCUGUGCCUGGGUAUGAGCUCAGAGGCAAUUCCGGACUUGGGUCCUCUGUCUGCAAGGUGGGUGCUGCUGCUUGAGAUGACAAGCUUUGUCCAGCACUACAUCCCACAGUUCACGUGGUGGUUGUGGCAACUGGUAGCAGAUCUAUCUCCUCGUGAGGCUUCCUGGCCAAUUUACUGGCCUGUGCUAAUGAGAGCUGGUGGGCAGCAUCAGGGCAAGGCCAGCUACUUGCUCUCGUGGCACAGCGCAGCCACCAUCUCUGCAGCACAAGUUACUCUACGGUUAUCAGCUUCAGGCAGCAGCAGAGCUAGUGCCUCUUCCCACAGGUCCAACUGCAGCCAUAACACCCUGGGUGCUGGUUUCCACCAUGCUCCACUGCUCUGCCCCUGUGCAAUUUCAGUCGGGUUUGGUGUUGGAGGGGUGACGUGUCUGUUUUUUUUGGAAAUGCUCUUGUGUGGUGAGAUGUGGCAGCUGGCGGUUGUGCGUGGCAGGACAGGCACCAUGAGCGCUGGGGUGGACUGGCAUGCCUGGUCUCCCCUGGCAUGGUGCAGAUGGCUAGAGUGGGGAGAUUUAUGCCAUCGUAGGAAUAAAACGGAUUUUUCCA